CUCUAGUGUGAUGAUAACGUGUGAAGUAAUUUAUAAUAUUCUGUUUGAAUGUAUUUAUAUAAGAGUGAAUGUGAACAACUAAAAAUUUGUAGGUUACAAUUGUGUCUGCAAACGUUUGUAAAUAUCCGAUUUCUUCAAACUUAUUACGUCAUAUUCUAUUUUUUACAACGUAAUUGCAAAGAUGCCACACUUCGUUGACACAGAAGACGAUAUUAUGAAAAAUAUAAACGACAUCACUUCUGAUUUCACUUGCCUUAAAAUGUCAGCUUUAAAGAAAGCUUAUUUUACAUGGCCUAAUCUAGAUGGUGUUACAAUUGGUCCUGAUUCUACAGUGACUGAAAAUGAAAGCAAUAAAGCAGAGAAUAUAGAAAAUGAACAGAAUUCUUGUAACAUUAAAUCUCCACAAAAACCAAUUCACUUGAAAAAUAACAAAGUCUCUAUGCAAAGUGGCAUUACGUUCUCUGUGAAAAAAAUUCUUUUGGAAAGUGAAUACCAGAGGAAGGAAGAAGUUCGGCGUCGUUGGCAGCAUAUGAAGGAAAAUGGAAAAGCUAUAAAGGAACAUAUGGCAAUGUCGCAAUCACACAUGGCAGAAGAACGUGAACGUAAAAGUAAAGAGAACUAUGCAUACAUAUUAGCAGAAGAAAGAAUUGCGGAGCAAGAAGAAAUAUGGAAAAGACAUGAAAGACAAAGGGAGAUGGAAGAAUAUAGAAAACGAAUGAAAGAGAAAGAAGAGUUAACCAAAUUAAUAAUGAAUUUGAGAAAUGUAUUUAAAAUGAAGUACAGUGAUAUUAUAGCUGUGUCUGACAGUUGUGAAGACAAAAUUUCUAUGGCUAUCUUGAUAUCGUCUUAUAGUAUAAAAUUAGAACAGUUAUAUCAUCAGGUAGAGAUUAUGGAUGAAAAAAUUAAGAUAGGAGACGUGACAUCAGCAGAUUUAAGUACUAUAGAAAAAGCUGUUCAACAAAUUGAUGAAAUGUUGUGUGUAUUUAAUGUAGAGAUAGAAAGGAUAAAUGCUAUGUAUAGAGCUAGUUUGGCUAAUAAGGAGAACUCAAAGCAAUUUCAGUUACAACCUGAAGUUUUAGAAAUACAGAAACCUAAUGCUAUUCAAACUGUUUGUGAGACAAUUGAUUCACAACAAAUUAGCACCAAUAAUGUUCAAAAUAAUGGAAACACGUAUGAAGAUAAAGAACACCAGCAAAAUGUGCAAAUAAUAGAAAAUAUGACUUCUUCAAACAUUCCACUAGUCACUCUACCUGUUGAUCCAGAAAAAAAUCAUUCAACAAAUAUACAGAAUGAAAAUCAUUUGUAUGAAUAUGUUGAUAAAGAAUCAUUGCAAAUAUACGUGAAUAGCAAACAAUUUCUCGAAAAUUAUAUGAAAAGUUACGACGAAUUUGUACAGUCUGCAAGCACAAAAAAGUUCAGAUUUGAAUAUCAAAAAGCAAUAAAUGUACCCAUAAAUGCAAUCUCUGGUAUCAGCAAGCAACACUUGUGUGAUAAAUACGAAAGGUUACAUAAACUUCUUAUGGGACAAUCUUCACUAAACGUCCACCAACACCCACAGGGUGUAGCUUUUUGUAAAAACAUCUUGGCUAAAAAAAUAGUUAAUCAAGGCGAAACACUUGUUUCAAGUAAACCAAAAAUGGCAUUUCCAAUUGCUGCUGUAACUAUAGCUCUUUGGAACGAUCAUUCUGAUUUUGGUGAUUUACUUUUGUCACACUUUCAUAACGCUUGCCCGUAUACUGUUCCUAUCUUUUUACCGAAAAUGGUAGGACAAUCGUACGAAGAUUAUUAUAAAUCGAUGGGUUACAAAUAUGGUGAAGAUGGUACAGUCGAAAAACACGAUAAAUUUUUGAAAAGAAUGUCCGGCCUAAUGAGACUGUAUGCAUCUAUUACUAUUACAUCGCAGAGAAAAGGAAUUAAUAAAAGUAAUCCGCAUGGACUUCAAAACGCGUGGCGAUGGUUGGCGGCUGUUUUAAAUAUUGAACCGCGAAGAGAAAUAGUAGAUCUUUGUGCGACUCUCUUAUUGGACAUGCUUGAAGUUGCCGGAAAUGCACUGUGGACUGCUUAUCCGAAUCAAUUCCAUAAACUGUUAAUUUUCCUGUCGGAAGAAUAUUAUCCACGUAUGCAGAGCGUAGGGAGUGUUGGCGGUGGGCCAUUGGUACGACUUGAAGAAUUCUUGAAAAACAGUUUAGCAAAAGGUUUUAUCCCGCAGCCUGAUGGUCAGCUUCCCUCAAACUUCUGGUGAACACAUUCUAUUUUACGUUUUCUAUUUCCCAUUCAAUAUGUCACUAAUUUCCAAUCAAAAUUGUUGCCCGUAAAGAAUCAUAAGGCAAAUGUAUAAUUUGUAUAAAAUAAUUUUUGAUAAUCUUUUAUGUGAAAUUACAAUAAGGGCUCGUAAAAUACUCUCAAGUU